AUGGAUUAUUCAUUAUCACAAUUACAGGAAAUGACUGCCUAUCAGCAAGAACAAAUUAAACAUAAUCAACAAUUGUUGGUGACACGCGAACAGCGUUUGAAAUAUCUGAAACAACAAGAGAAUCUCUGUUACAAACAGCGUUUUGAACAACGCGAAAUGAAACAAAUACGUUUGAAAACACUUCAGUAUCAAUUGAAUCAACAACGAAACUCGAAUUCGACCUUCGAGCAUGAAUUGGACAUUCUGAGAGAAGUCUUUCUGAAUAAAGAAGAAGAACUGAACAAAUUGGUACAAAAGAUCGAAGAACUAACGAAACAACUCGAACAAAUCAAACGAUUGAAACUAACAGCAAGUAAAGAACAAUCACAAAAUAAAAAUGAAUUAGAUAAGCUAAAACAAGAACUAUUGAUAAGAAAUAAAUUAAACGAACAACAAAAUCGUCAAAUAACAUAUCAACGCAAAUUCUAUCGGAGUAAACAAAUGGAAUUGGAUCAAUUAAAUUCUCGUCUCGAAGAACUUCAACAACGUUUAAAAACGAAAAACUCCUCUCAGAAUCAGUCAAAUCGAUUCCAAACCGGCUUAGAUCAUGUACAAAGCACAUUGAACAAUAUAAACAUCGCUGCAAUAGAAAAACGAAUGGUACAACUAGCAAACUCAUUCAAUUUGAUUAAUACAGAUGAUCACGAUCAAUCCAACACUGAAACAAAAACGAUUAACUCUCCCAAACCACCCUCACCGAUUCCAACAAGUUUACCCAUUGUUCUCAAUGAACCAUCAGUCGAAUGUGAACCAGCAAAAUCAGAAGAACAACUUCUACCAGCUAAUCUUCGUUUGAAUGAUGACAUACUCUCAGUUCAUUUUAAUAAUGUUACAUCUAAUGCCAAAAAACGUCAUUCUUUAUCAGACUCAAACGAUUCAUUGAUGAAAUCUCUUCCACCGGAUGCUACACAGCAGCCAAUUUAUGUUCGCGACGAGUCUGCGUCGACAAUCCUCGAUUAUGAAAAUCUUUCGGACUUUCAAGGUAAAUCAAUUCCCGAAAAAGAAGAAGAAGAGGAAGAAGAACAUAAGGAGAGAACGAUAAGGGACUCGAUGGCCUCUGAUACGGAAUCUGAAGGUUCUCUGACUGAUGAUGAUGAUGUUGCAUCGACACUUUCGUUUCCAAUGAUUAUCUCCACGUCAGAAACACAACGGAAAUCACUACUAAAAACGGCCACUACCCCAAAGAACACUUCAAGACGAGUUGUAUUUGAUCCAUUAGCCCUUCUCCUCGAUGCAGCAGUUGUUGGCGAACUCGAUCUUGUGAUAAAAUCUGCUAAAGAAGUCAAAGAUCCAAGCGAACCAAACGACGAAGGUUUAACUGCCCUUCACAACGCUGUCUGUGCAGGACACAUCGACUGUGUGAAAUUUUUGGUUAAAUAUGGUUGCGAUGUAAAUUAUCCUGACAAUGAUGGAUGGACGCCACUGCACUGUGCUGCAUCGUGUAAUCAUACAGAAAUUGUGGAGCUUUUAAUUGCAAAUGGUGCUUGCAUUUAUGCUACAACUAUUCGAGAUAAUGACACUGCUGCUGAUAAAUGCGAAGAAGACGAAGACAAUUAUACGAGUUGUUCGCAAUAUUUAUUAAAAAUACAGAGUGAUUUAGGAGUGAUUAAUGAUGGACUCGUGUAUGCAUUGUAUGAUUACCAGCCAAGUAGCGAUAUGAUUGAUGAACUUGAAUUUAAAAGCGGCGAUCGAUUGAAGAUCAUGAGACGAGAAGAUGAAAAGGAAUGUCAAUGGUGGUGGGCAAAACAUGACAAAACGGAAAAAGAAGGAUAUGUGCCACGAAAUUAUCUUGGGCUUUAUCCUCGAGUACAAUCUGAGUUAACUCCAUUGACAAAUAGUUCGUGA